AUUAAUUAAUUAAUAAAUUAUUAGAAAUUUUUAAUUUAAAAAUUUACUUAAUACAUAAUCAAAAAAAUAAAUCAACAGCUGAGUUUUAUAAAAAAAAAUAGAAUAGUUCUGCGACGGCCGCUAGGUGGCGAAGUGUACUCUAAAGUUUUCGCUUGCAAAGUGGUAGACCAAGUAAUUAAGUACCAAAUUUUAUUUUAAGUUUUUAAAUUGAUUUUUUAUUAAUUAAAUUAAUAAAUAAUUAAUUAAUUACAAUAUUUUCUCCAUAAAAUUACUUACAAAGCAAUUAAAGAGGUUAAUAUUAAACUUACCUUUACUAAUGUUAGUAUAAUUACAAAUUUUAAUAAUAAAUAAUUUAAAAUUGUAUUCCAUAAAAAUAUUUUUUCUCUUAAAAGUAUUUAGACAGUAUUACUUUCGUUAACAUUUCAAUUAUCUUGUAUAUUUAUUACUUUGUUAUUGUUCAAUUGUAAUAGAUAAAAUUUUAUUCUAUCAAAUGAUACUUUGUUAUUAUUACAUACCUUAUCCGAAAUUUUCCUUUAAAAAUUAGAUUUUAGUGCCAAGGAUAUGUCACAUUUAAUUUCACAAAAAAAAAAAAAAACAAUGUUUUACUAAACUAAUGUAAUUGUUAUUUUUUAUCAGCAGUAAUUUAGAUAGUGCACUCUAUUUUUUUUUUACCUUUCAGUUGACUAAUAUGAAGAACUUGAUGAAUAUUUGUAAUAAACUAAUAUAAAAAUAAAUAUAAUGCUACUUGCCAUAAUAGUCAUAGUGUUCUUAAAAAAUAGUCAGGCUGUUUUGACGGAAGUUACAAACACGUCGAAAGGACUCGUCCAAGGUAAGAUUUUUAAAACCGUCGGAGAAGAAUUGGAGUAUUCCAUUUAUUUCGGAAUUCCUUUUGCGAAGCCGCCUGUUGAUCACCUGAGGUUCAAGCCUCCUGAAGAAGCCGAGCCUUGGAAUGGCGUUCGGGACGCCACAAAAGAACCUAAUCUUUGUCCUCAGAAAAAUCCAUUUAAAAAUUAUACUUAUGAUGGAGAUGAAGACUGUCUUUAUUUGAACCUUUACACACCAAAAGUAAGUAUAAAUUCAACAGACACUACUAAACGAGCUGUAAUGGUUUGGAUCUACGCCGGAGCGUUUGUAUUCGGUUCAAUCAGCCCGAAAGCCUACGGCCCAGAUUUCCUCAUCGAAGAAGACAUAGUAGUUGUCAUGCCGAACCAUCGCCUAGGAGCUCUAGGUUUUCUGACUUUGAACCAUGAAAACGCUACUGGAAACGCUGGCCUUAAAGAUUUAGUCUUUGUGCUACGUUGGAUCCAAGAAAAUAUUGAAAAUUUUGGCGGGGAUCCUGGAAGGGUUACAGUUUUCGGUGAUAGCUCUGGAUCUGCUGCAGUAGGUUACUUAGUACUUUCCGAGUUAGCAACAGGUCUUUUUCAUUCUGCAAUUAGCAUGAGCGGAGUUCCUUUGAAUAUCUGGGCAUAUGAGCCGCCAAUAAUUGCUCAGCUUCGCGCAUUUAUGCUAGGAUUUUCUUUAGGAAUCUUUACUUUUAAUAAAAAUAAUCUUCUGGAAAAACUUCAGAACAAAUCUGCUGAAGAUAUCGUUGGAGCAACUAAAUCAUUACUACCCAUAGAUGUCCUGUCAUUCACACCAACAACAGAGAACCCGACAAUAUCAACAAUGCCCUUCUUUACCGACUGUGCGCUUGAAAAGUACAAAUCUGGUAAUUUCAACCAUGUACCUCAAAUAAUUGGAUUUGUUGAUUCCGAAUUUUUAUCAUUUGUGGCAGAAAGUGCACAAUUACCACUGAUAAAGAUGAUCCUCGACGGCCUAUUUGACCUCCCGUUGCUCCGCGAGGUUAAGAACAUCAACCUGAUCUCCAGCUUAGCCAACUGGAUAGUCAGAAAACUCGGAGGGUUGGUAGACAACACCAUCUACGGGGUCAGUAACAUAACCUCCGACUUGUUGAUGAUCUUUGACGUUGACCGGACCCAAAGAUACUUAACCGCUGCUAGCGACGCCCCUGUUUACUACUACCGCAAUUCCUUCGACCACCGCAAUUCUAGGCACAGAGCCAUGGGAUACGACCUAGAUGGCACUGCGCAUGCCGAUGACGUCCAUCAAAUCUUCUGGCCCACGCUUCCUAACUUCAAGCUUCCUUUGAAUGAUACUCGGUUGACGACUCAAAGGCAGCGGAUGGUUAGGAUGUGGUCUAAUUUUGCCAAAUAUAGAGACCCAACGCCAAAUGGAACAAUGGAUCCACUGCUAAACAUCACUUGGCCGCCAUCUACCGUCGCAGGAACUUGCCUUGAAAUCAACACAACCUACUCUAUCGGCCCUCGGCCAGUAGGAUUACUAGUCGAUGGAUUGGAAACAAUUCUUAACCCUGUUCUAGGUUUAUUUGAAGGAUGCUUCUAGAAUUUUU